AGCACACAGUCACAGACACCAGUCUAAUGGAACACCGCCACACCAGCAGGGUCACACUGAUGGCACCAGUACUAGUGUUAGUGUUGUGCUGGGCGGGCCUGGCUGCCGCUCAGUUCAGGUUUCCGGAUAAGGCGAGCGACACGCCCACCCUCAGUUCCUCCACCGCCACCACCACCAAGGCCCCUCUCCACCACCCCACUGUUACCCAGGUCUCAACACCCGCCAAGCCAGGAAACACCAGAUUUGUUCCUGUGGACUUCCUGGGGCUGUUCACUGACCAGCACUGCCAGCGGUGUUCCGUCAGCGACCAGGCUUUGGCUCACAGGUGUUGUGAGUCCAGCAGGACUUGCUGUUCCUUCACCCUACCUAACAACAGACCAAUAAGUCCUCUUGGUCCAGGAAUUCAGACAUUCCCAGGACAGCUCCAAGGUCAUAUUCCUGGACAGUUCCCAGGGCAUAUCCCCGGACACUUCCCAGGAAAUGCCCCAGGUCACAUUCCUGGACAUUUUCCCGGGCAGUUCACAGGACAAUUCCCAGGACACAUUCCAGGGCACUUUCCAGGACACUUGCGUCCUCCUGCAGUACCCGGACCGCUAAGAGGUAAGAUUGGGACGUGCCCUCUGACAGCUGGGGUACACACUAGCUUCAACAAGUUCGGAGGAGGGGCCUGUGUGAAUGAGUGCCAGAAUGACUUCCACUGUCCCACCCUGCAGAAGUGUUGCCCCGCCAGCUGCUCCUUCGUCUGCAGCAAUCCUCAGGAAGCGUUCCAUCUGACGUCCAAGCCAGGGUUGUGUCCUCGCCCGGGUUUUCACUUCCGCUCAGGAGGUGGCGGGUCCUCUCAAGCCUCCGUUGUAUCCACCACUAUCUCCCCUGAGAAGGAGGCGCGCGUCCUGGAACAACAGGAUGAAAAAGAACGUCGCCUCAGCCGAAAAGAACGCCAAGACGAACGCAACAGGAGUCGUAGAUCUACUUCAAUAGAGGAGGAAAAUGAUGAGCAUGAGGAAAUUGUGAACCCACUCAAACAAGAUCGAAUCACUCGAUCAGCCAACAGAAAAGAUCGUGAUGAUCGACGUGAGAGACUCCUUAAUCGCUGGUCAAGGACACGGGAUCGGGUCACUCGAUCAGCCAACAGAAAAGAUCGUGAUGAUCGACGUGAGAGACUCCUUAAUCGCUGGUCAAGGACACGUGAUCGGAUCACUCGAUCAGCCAACAGAAAAGAUCGUGAUGAUCGACGUGAGAGACUCCUUAAUCGCUGGUCAAGGACACGGGAUCGGAUCACUCGAUCAGCCAACAGAAAAGAUCGUGAUGAUCGACGUGAGAGACUCCUUAAUCGCUGGUCAAGGACACGGGAUCGGGUCACUCGAUCAGCCAACAGAAAAGAUCGUGAUGAUCGACGUGAGAGACUCCUUAAUCGCUGGUCAAGGACACGUGAUCGGAUCACUCGAUCAGCCAACAGAAAAGAUCGUGAUGAUCGACGUGAGAGACUCCUUAAUCGCUGGUCAAGGACACGGGAUCGGGUCACUCGAUCAGCCAACAGAAAAGAUCGUGAUGAUCGACGUGAGAGACUCCUGAAUCGCUGGUCAAGGACACGUGAUCGGGUCACUCGAUCAGCCGAGGCAACUGAAGAUGAUCACAAUAAAGGCGAGCACCAAACAACCAGCAAUAAAGGGGUCGCUACCCGCGUGACUCGCCAGGCAGCACAAAACCAGAGAUUUUUCUUCGGCGAUCCUUUCUGUCGCCCCGAAUGUUUCAAUGACUUCGACUGUCCUGGUAACCUGAAGUGUUGUUUCCAGGACAAGGACUGCCGCCAGUGUUUCAACCCCACAUUCUCUUAACCACUCUUGACAGUCUUACCUCUUCUUAAAUGCUCUCUAUUGUCUAUCUAAACUUCCUCCAGGGUUGUUGUUGUCGUUGUUGCACUUUUCAGGAAUCAUUAGGCGAUCUCCUCUGACAUCGUGCCUUUUUAAUAUAAGGUCAAUAACUAGAGAAAUAAUAUUUUGUAACAAGCCAAAAUGCCUGUGAACACACAAGACUGUUUCUGUAAUAUAUUUCUGUGGGAUGAUGACACAAUGUAAAAAUUUAUCUGAAGAAAUGUAACCCAAAGUCUUAUCUCACUUUCAAAGCUUCAUGAAUAUUUAUUUCUGGAACUUUAUUUAUAUAAAUCGUAUUAAUAUAUUCAAAGCACCAAAACCACUCUAUUUGUAAAAAGGAUUUUAUGUGUUUUAUAUUAAAAUCUUCGAACUAA